ACAGUGGAGAAGAUGGCGGCCAGCGCGGAAUCGGGUGGCCGUGGCGAGAGUAUGGAAGUCAGUUCCAAAUGGCUGGAUGCCCACUAUGACCCCAUGGCCAACAUCCACACUUUCUCUGCAUGCCUGGCUCUUGCUGAUCUCCAUGGGGAUGGCGAGUACAAGCUGGUAGUGGGAGACCUCGGCCCCAACGGGCGGCAGCCACGGCUGAAGGUGCUCAAGGGACCAUCCGUGCUGACCGAGAGCCCGCUGCCCUCCCUGCCAUCCGCCGCCACGGCUUUUCUCAUGGACCCCCACGAGCCUCGAACCCCAGCACUGGCAUUGGCCUCCGGCCCCUGCGUCUAUGUCUACAAGAACCUUCGGCCCUACUUCAAAUUCAGCUUGCCUCCCCUGGCUUCCAACCCCCUGGAGCAGGAUCUCUGGAACCAAGCAAAGGAGGACCGGAUUGACCCUCUGACCCUAAAGGAGAUGCUGGAAGGGAUCAGGGAGAAGGCCGAGGUGCCCCUGUCCGUGCAGUCCCUCAGGUUCCUGAAUCUGGAGCUGGGAGAAAUGGAGGCCUUCGUCGCUCAGCACAAGACUCACCCCAUCAAGAGACAGACCGUCAUCACGACCAUGACGAUCCUGAAGAAGAACCUGGCGGACGAGGAUGCCGUGUCCUGCCUCGUGCUGGGGACAGAGAACAGGGAGCUCCUGGUGCUGGACCCCGAGGCCUUCACUGUCCUGGCAAAGAUGAACCUGCCCAGCGUCCCGGCGUUUCUGGAGGCCUCGGGGCAGUUCGAUGUGGAGUUCUGGCUCACGGCCGCCUGCCGGGAUGGCAACAUCUACAUCCUGAGAAGGGACUCCAAGCGCCCCAAGUACUGCAUCGAGCUGAGCGCCCAGCCUGUGGGGCUCGUUCGGAUCCACAAGACCCUGGUGGUGGGCAGCACCCAGGACAUGCUACACAGCUUCACCCACAAGGGCAAGAAGCUGUGGACGGUGCCCAUGCCAGCCCCCAUCCUGACCAUGAGCCUCCUGGAGCAGCGCUCCCGGGGUCUGCAGGCGGUCAUGGCCGGCCUGGCCAAUGGGGAGAUGCGCAUUUACCGAGACAAGGCCCUUCUCAACAUCAUCCACACCCCGGACGCUGUGACCAGCCUCUGCUUUGGCCGCUAUGGGCGCGAGGAUAACACCCUGAUCAUGACGACUCAAGGCGGCGGCCUGGUGAUCAAGAUUCUGAAGCGGACGGCAGUGUUUGGGGAAGGAGCCGGUGAGGCGGGCCCCCCCCCAGCCCAAGCCCUGAGGCUCAACGUGCCCCGGAAGACCAGACUGUACGUGGACCAGACGCUGCGGGAGCGGGAGGCGGGCACUGCCAUGCACCGAGCCUUCCAGACGGACCUGUACCUGCUGCGGCUGCGGGCGGCUCGCGCCUACGUGCAGGCUCUGGAGUCCAGCCUGAACCCCGUGUCUGCCACCCUCCGGGAGCCCCUCAAGCUGCACGCUGUGGUCCAGGGCUUGGGGCCCACCUUCAAGCUGACGCUUCACCUCCAGAACACGUCCGCCGUGCGCCCGGCCAUCGGCCUGCUCGUCUCCUUCCUAUACAACGAGUCUCUCUACGCCCUGCCCCGGGCCUUCUUCAAGGUUCCCAUGCUGGUGCCGGGGCUCAGCUACCCCAUGGAGACCUUUGUGGAGUGCCUCAGUGACAAAGGCAUCUCGGACAUCAUCAAGGUGCUGGUGCUUCGAGAGGGCCAGAGCGCGCCCCUGCUCAGUGCCCACAUCAACAUGCCCGUGAGCGAGGGGCUGGUGGCUGCCUGAGCCCCCGGCCGGGCUCACCUCAGGGAUGGAUGGGCUCCUCCCUGGGCCCCUGCUCGGCAGCUGAGGGAGGAGCCUCCAGGCACUCGGGGCCCUCAGUAGGCAGAGGCUCAGCCGUGGCUGUCUGUGGCUCCCUUCCCUGUAGAGUACCGGCAGCCCCCGCAGCGCAGGCUGGAAGCCCUCCAGUGGCUCCCUGCCCCACGGGCUGACCUGCGGGCGAGGCCUGAGCCCUCCCAGCCGAGCCCCCAGCGGGAGGCGCUUCCAAGCUCCUUUGGUGUGCUGGGCCCUGGCGCGAGGGGAGAGCCGCCGGCGGGAAAGGCUCCACCUGAGGGGCUUCCCCGGGUAGGGAUGCUGCCAGGAAAGGCACGAAACAGAAGCCAGGGUAGGCCUGGUGCCGGGCAGAGAAGGGGAAGAGGGCCGGGCCAGGCUGCCCCGCACAGCUGGGCCUCCCCUCCGAGGUAGAACUUUAAGCUAAGUAGACGGAGCCGCCAGAUACCGACCCAAUAAAGCCUGGCGCUGGGCCACCAGAGAA